AUGGCAGCCAAAGCACCAGACUAUCAACCAGUGGAGAGGUACAGACACUCCACUGUACGGGUAGGAGACUACCUGUACAUGUGGGGUGGGCUCCAGCCUGAUCUCCCUAAUGUACAUAAUAACGAAGAGAAGAAAUCAAUGUGUUCUGUGAUGGAGGUGUGCCACCUGAGGACUGGUAGGUGGGAGCAGAAACCCACCACUGGUAACCCUCCACUGGGUGUUAUGGGCUAUGCAGCUGCUGCCAUUGGAAGGGAAAUAUUUUAUUUCGGAGGGGAUUGUAAUCAUCCUGGCUGUUAUCAUAAUAGUUUAUACAGUUUUAAUGUUGAUACCUUCAAAUGGAAGGAACUCUUUCCUACUACAUCUCAUCAUGGUCCUAUGAUGAAGGCCUACUGUGACAUGAUAGCAAUAAAA